CCAAAGUUACGAAUCUAUCACUUUUUAUAAAUCGUUGUCCGUGGUAUAAGGCAAAGAAACAAAUUUAGUUCUGAACAAAUAUAAAUGUUGAUCUCAACGAUGGGUGAGCUAUGAACUAUUCGUUAAUUAAAUGCUUAAAUGAGUCCUACUUAAAAUGUCUGGUUAGUUGGAUCUAGAGUUCGGUUUGGCAGUUUGAAUUUCUAAUUUCACUUUACAUGGGAAAUAGGAAUGAGUUUUUGGUAAUAUAUCUGACUAGAAGUUCUAAGAAAUCCAAAACUUCCCUAACUCCAAAGAAAUGGGGUUUUCUACGAGUUUGCAAGGGCAAUCGUCUCAUGAGGCUCUACUUGGAAGACAGGAUGCAGAAAUUAAAUUAUUGGAAACCAUGCGUCGAUGUCUGACUAAUAAGGUCAAAUCUGACCGAGAAUAUGCUUCAACGAUUUCUUCUUUAACUUUGCAAGGGAAAAAAAUCGAACGUGGAGAAGAUCUUGUUGGUAGUUUGAUUGUCCAGAGCUGGAAGGAUAUCAUGGAAUCUAUUGAUCAAACCGCCAAACUUAUUAAACAACAAGCGGAUUGCAUGGAAAGCAUUGUAGUUGAACACAUAAGCAGCCUACAUUCCGAAAGACGACGGGCCCGUAAACUUUAUCAAGAGGAACAAGCUUGGUUGAAUAACCAAUUUCUACAGUUAACUGAAGAUGUUGCUCGGAAAAAGACCGAGUACCAAAAGCAUUUGGAAGUAUAUAAACUAAUGAGAUCACGAUUUGAGGAACAUUAUAUUAAAUCUGGCAGAGGUGGUAGGAAGUUGGAUGAAGUUAGAGAAAAAUAUCAAAAAGCAUGUAGAAAACUUCACUUAACACAUAAUGAAUAUGUGCUUUUACUUGGAGCGGUGACUGAAUGUGAGCAUGAUCUAAGAAUGUGUUAUUUACCAAGUUUGCUUCAACGUCAACAAGCCAUUCAUCAAGAAUUUAUAGUAGUGUGGAAAAGUAUUCUUCAAGAAAUAGUGAAGUAUUCAAAUUUCACAGCAGAAAAAUUUUUAGAAAUUCACACCCGAAUGCAAAAAGCUGUUGAUACAAUUAAACCUGUGGAUGAGUAUCGGGAUUUUAUUGGAAAACAUAGAACAAGACCAGCAUCACCAAUUAGAUUUGCUUUUGACGAAAACCUUGUCGAUGAUACAUCUGGAAAAUUGCUGCCUAACAAAUUAACUGUGGAUAACUUAACAAUCGAUUGGUUACGAAGUCGACUCAGUGAAUUGGAAUUCUCUCUUAAGGCAACACAGCAAAAUCGGCAAGCUACUCAGAAUUCAUCUGAAAGUAACUGUGAUUCUAAGAUGUCAGUUCUGGACUACUCAAGAGAAAGAGAAGAAUUAAGGCUACGCUGUCAGGAAAAAAAAUUACAGAGGCAAGCAGAAGUGAUCAGAUGUGCUCUCAAUGAGCUUGGUUGUGAGGAAUUGCCAUCAGGCUGUGAUCUUUCUGUAGAAAGCUCUUUCGCUGAACCACCUCAAAUAAAUAAGAGAAAUACAGUUCCAGAUACUGGACUGUUUACUCUGAGAAGAAAUCAGCGGUUCAUGACAUUAUUAAAAUCACCCUUCAAGUCAUUACCGUCAAUACAUAAUCCAAAAAAUGGAGUAAUUCGGGCCAAUAGCGAAGGUUCAACUCCUCAGCCUAUUCCUGCUCCUCCGGUUGUUCCAUUUCGCGGAGUCUCCAGUCCGAUUAAUAAUCAAAAAGGAAAUGGAAAUGGCGGUUUGAUGGAGGAAGAAUGGUUUCACGGUGUUUUACCAAGAGAAGAGGUUGUGCGACUCCUGGUCAAUGAAGGAGAUUUUUUAGUGCGAGAGACUACCAGAAAUGAUGAAUGCCAAAUUGUCCUUUCCGUCUGUUGGGAUGGGCAUAAACAUUUUAUUGUUCAAACCACACCCGAGGGACACUACAGAUUCGAAGGACCAACAUUUCCUUCUAUCCAAGAUUUAAUUCUUCAUCAAUGGCAGUCUGGUUUACCCGUAACUAGUCGAUCCGGCGCUAUACUGAAAACUCCUAUUUUAAGAGAACGAUGGGAACUGAAUAACGACGAUGUUAUUCUUUUGGACAAAAUAGGCCGAGGUAAUUUUGGUGAUGUGUACAAAGCUCAGUUGAAAACGUGUAAGACUGACGUGGCUGUUAAAACAUGCAAAGUAACAUUACCUGAUGAACAAAAGAAAAAGUUUCUUCAAGAAGGACGCAUUUUAAAACAAUAUGAUCAUCCAAAUAUAGUGAAACUGAUUGGAAUCUGUGUACAAAAGCAACCUAUCAUGAUAGUCAUGGAAUUAGUGCCUGGGGGAUCACUUCUCACAUAUUUAAGGAAAAAUUCAAGCACAAUUAUACAACGAGAACAGCUGCGUAUGUGUAAAGAUGCAGCUGCAGGAAUGCGUUACUUAGAAUCUAAAUAUUGUAUUCAUAGAGACUUAGCAGCCAGAAAUUGCCUCGUUGGAUUCGACUGUAUUGUAAAAAUCUCAGACUUUGGAAUGUCCAGAGAAGAAGAAGAGUAUAUAGUUUCAGAUGGAAUGAAACAGAUUCCAAUUAAAUGGACAGCACCCGAGGCGUUAAAUUUCGGGAAGUACACUUCUCUCUGUGAUGUUUGGAGUUACGGAGUGUUGAUAUGGGAGAUAUUUUCGAAAGGUGGCAAUCCUUACAGUGGAAUGUCCAACUCCCAUGCACGUGAAAAAAUUGAUUCAGGAUACCGUAUGCCCGCACCUGAUGGGACUCCUGAUGAAAUGUACAGAUUAAUGUUACGUUGUUGGGAGUACGAGCCAGAAAAGAGGCCGCACUUUGAUCAAAUAUAUACAGUUGUUGAAACAUUAGCGCAUGCAUUAUAAAUAACUAUUGGGCUUGUAAUUAGGGUACAACAAAACGCAUAAUUUGAAUUUGUAUAAUUGAUGAUAAUCAACUCUGUGUAAACAUUUCUCAAAAUUGUAGCAGAAUUAUAUAUUAAAUUACACAUUUUAAUCCGAAAUCAAUGUAUCCUAAUUAGAUGUAAUAACACUUAAUCAGAAUUGUAAAUGUUUUAAAGAAAAUUAUUUUGUUACAAUUAUCACAAUCAAAUUACUUAAAACAGUAAGAAUGUUACAUGCUUGUACGAAAAAAUAUUUAUAUACUUGUAUAUCCCAAAAUAGAUAUAUUAGUACCAGUUA